CUAAUUUUAUUACUUAUAAUACAUAGUGAAAUUAAAUCAUUCAUUAUAAUAAACUGUUUUUAAGUUUAUGAAAUAAAUAUUAUAAACGUAUCACAUCGUUCGGUGUUUUUUUUUUUAUCAACGAUUGACAUUCUGAACAACGAAUUCAUCUCAUUAUAAUAAUGGCAGUUAAAGGAUUAGUUGCAAGUAUCAUAAAAUUUCUUACAAAACAAUUGGAAGAAGGAGAUAUUACAGCAGAUUCACGAGAAAGUCUUGAAGUUGCAAUUCAAUGUUUAGAAAGUUCAUAUAAUGUUCAGGCAUCUGAUGCAGCAACUGAUGUUGAUCUUUUAAGUAUUUAUAAAACUGCUGUCGAUAAUAUGAUAACAUUGCCGACAAAAGAAGCUACACCGGAAGAAAAAGUUCAAGCAGAAAAAUACAAAAAUGAUGGGAAUAAUUUGAUGAAAGAAAAUAAAAUUCAAGAUGCUAUUACUCAUUAUACCAAAGCAAUUGAAUUGGAUGGUCGUAAUGCAGUAUAUUAUUGUAAUCGUGCAGCAGCUUAUAAUAAAUUAAAUAAUCAUCGUCAAGCAAUUAAAGAUUGCCAGACUGCAUUAGCCAUUGACCCUUCAUACAGCAAAGCUUACGGAAGAAUGGGGUUAGCUUAUACAAGUUUAGAGCAACAUAAAGAGGCUAAAGAAUGUUAUCAAAAAGCUUUAGAAAUGGAGCCUGAUAAUGAAAGUUAUAAAAAUAAUCUACAAUUGACUGAGGAAAAAAUUGCUCGACUUGGAGUUGGUAAUAUGGGUAUUGGAGGUACUAAUGCUUCAUUUCCUGAUAUGAGUUCUCUCCUAUCAUAUCCUGCCUUGGUAAACAUGGCAAGACAGAUGUUGUCUGAGCCGGGAAUGCAAAAUGUCAUGAGUACUCUAAUGAGUGGAAACAUUGAACAAGAUGGACACAUGGAAGCUCUUAUUGAAGCAGGACAACAAUGCCAGCGAAUGCAAAAUGUCAAUCCUGAGCUUUUGGAAUCUUUUAGGAGACAAAUGGGUGGUAAUCCUAACGAUCCGGAUCCUUCACAGCAGAAUUAAAAGGUUAUGUAAAAUGUGCGUCAAUUAUUUGUAUUAAUAAUAAUAAUUAUAAUAAUUAUUGGUAUUGAAUUUUAA